UUAAAGAUUGAUCAGUCUGCACUUACGGGAGAAUCACUACCAGUGACAAAGAAUCCUGGUGACGGGGUAUACUCUGGUUCAACCUGCAAACAAGGUGAAAUAGAGGCAGUUGUUAUCGCCACUGGAGUUCACACUUUCUUUGGAAAGGCAGCCCAUCUUGUAGAAUCAACGGUUCAUGUUGGCCAUUUUCAGAAGGUUUUGACUGCAAUAGGGAAUUUCUGCAUCUGCUCGAUUGCUAUUGGAAUGGUUAUUGAUAUUAUUGCUAUGUGUGGUGUUCAUGAUAGCAAAUACCGUACGGUAGUUGAUAAUCUUCUUGUGCUUCUCAUUGGGGGGAUCCCAAUUGCUAUGCCCACUGUUCUUUCUGUCACAAUGGCUAUUGGAUCACAUCGCUUGUCCCAGCAGGGUGCCAUAACGAAAAGAAUGACAGCCAUUGAAGAAAUGGCUGGGAUGGAUGUUUUAUGCAGUGAUAAAACAGGAACUUUAACCCUCAACAAACUCUCGGUGGAUAAGAAUUUGAUUGAGGUUUUUGCCAAAGGCAUUGACAAGGACACAGUUGUUCUCAUGGCUGCAAGGGCUUCAAGAGUGGAAAACCAGGAUGCCAUUGAUACUGCAAUUGUUACUAUGUUAGCAGACCCGAAAGAGAUAUGA